AUGGAGACUGUCACAGAGCAGAUGAGAACGCAGGCGCACAGCUCACCCGUAAAUAAACUCAGCGCCGUUUCAGGCUCUACUGGCGGGGAACAGGACGACUUGCCUUGUGAUGAAGGACUAACCUGUAAAUACAACAGUAAUUCAGAGGAUCUGCAUGACUGGAUAGAAAAUAUUUCUCAUAUUUUGAGUUUAUCUUGUUCUGAAGAUAACAACAAAGCAGCAGCAGCAAGGUAUGAAACUCAUCCCCAACUUGAAGGCGGCAGGGAUUAUCACACAGCUACCACCUCAACAGCUGGAAUUUCGGUUGAAAUGCCUGUAAGUGAAGCUUCCUUUAAGAAAGAAGCGUCAGACAGUGGCUUUGGUAAAGCAGAUGGCAAGGAACAUCUAACUAACUCAAAGAUGUCCAAUGUCCUCUUGCGUCAUUUUUCUGAAGGAGAAUUACUAAACACUUGUCAGCUAAUUGAGUGUGAGACCAUACCAGAGACGUCCUACGCUGAAAGUAUUGGUGAAACUACGAACAAACCUGAGGCUUACGAACAUGGCAAAGGCUCUUUAACACUUGAACAAUGGGCAAUGGAAUUGGAAGGGUAUCAUUUAGAAAAGCAUGAGGAUGUACGCACGGGUGGGAAAAAUCCAAGUGUGCUAAAUGAAAAUAAAUUUGUUUCAAAGAGAUCUAUUUCUUCUACUGUUAACUGUGGGUGCAGACAUGACAAUUCACAGCUGAGUAACAGAGAAUCAAGAAGAAAUGAGCAUUCCAGAAUUGUUUCAACAGCUGAAGAUACUGCCUCAGUCGGAUUUUGCAAGUCCAAGUUUCGUUGUUUACUCAGGAGGCACUGGACAUCUUCUGAAGUCUUUACAGCACACGUUCCUAACAAUACACAGGCUACACAAGAUUUGCCUGAUCCAAGAUUACCACAUGGGACAAUGGUAUCAGCAUUUCCAGCAGCUGGUACAGUACAAGUACACUGUCUAAGUCCUUCUAAUUUACUGCCAGAACUAACACAAGGAGAAAAGAUGUCUCAAAUACUAAAAGAACAGACAGAUCAACUGAAAAUUAAAGUGGAAGAUUUCACUAAACAUAUGACCCAUGAGACAUUCGUUUCACAAGACAAUUACCUGGCAUUAAAUCAAUUGAAAAAAUACCUUGAUGCCUUGGAAAGGAGUUACUUAACUGCUAGAGAGGAGCACCAUGUUUUACAGCUGCAGAACUACAAGGACAAGUCUAUCCACGUUGGAGAGUUUGAUCCUGAAAGAAAGGUGGAAGGGGAAAUAUUUAGACUUGGCAUGCUGCUUGAAGACAUCCAAGAACAAACUGAUGAUGGCAAAUACAGCUUGGCUCCUUCACUUAUUUCUGAUGAAUCUGCCCAUUCAUUGAAUCCUCUUUGGGAGAGCUCAGUAGUUUCAAGCAUUAACGAUCCUCCAGAGGAAACCACAUUUCUUCAAAAGAACAAGGGAGAAAAUACAACUCAGACAAGUGAUGUAAUCCCACAAACAAAUCAUCUGUUUUCUUUAGAAGCUGAAAAGUGCAAUCUUUGUCCUCACAUGUUACAAAAGAGAGCUGAAUCAACUUCCGGAAGAGAAAUGGAGCCUCUGGGAAAAGGUUAUCUGCUAGCAAGCAAGCAUUCUUCCAGUGUAACGAGAUGCCUUUCACCAGAAGAAAAAGGUCUUCGAUUCCAUACUCAGGGUACGUUAAGUGAAAAAUGUAACGCUGAUGAAGAAAACAUGAAAGGAAAUGAAAACAUCCAGGAAAGGAAAACUGGAGUAUGUUCAAUCUUCAUUCAGAGAAAACCAACUGAUUUAUCAGAUACAAAUCUGAGAUUUAUAUUCAGAUGCCCUAGAGAAAGCAGUUAUCAACUCAAACACAGGAAUUACAAACAGUCUGUUCAGUCUUGUGCCCUGUGUAGAAAUAAAAAUUCUGGUUCAACCUCUUAUGCACAGAAGAGAAUCUCCACUCAGAAGGCUCAAACAAAUAAACGGCCCUGUGAACUUGUAAACCUUUCUGAAAGUGUCAAGAAGUCUGCCCGAAACAAACCUGCAAUCAACAUCAGAAAUACCAAUGAUUUCAACACAAAUAUUUUAAAUUCUACCCUGGAUCAUGCCAUACAGACAGCAAACAGUUUGAAGAGAGCUACAGAACGAAUGGUACAAGCAAUUUCAGAAGAUCUAGCUAAAGUUGCAAGAAAACAUCUUUAAUUAUCCGGUUUCAAAUGCUGUGUUGUUUUGUUGGUUAAUACUGAAAUAUCAGCGUGUCUGCAAAUAUAAAAUAAUGAAUACAAAGAUUGGGUAGUCAGCUAGCUUCAGUUCUGUGACCAUCAAUACUAAACUAAAUGAGAGCAUACUGGUACUCUGCAUCUUCACACUCGCUGUCUGAACUAGAAAACAAAUCACUAAUUCUACUGGAAGUCUUCGGUACAUUUAAUAAUACCUACUCCUGCUUACAGCUGCCUUCUCUAAGAAUUCACUUAAGGUAGCGUUACAAAAAUUGAUUUAAACAAGCAAGGUUAGCUUUUUGACUUUUGCUCUCCCCCUACCCCAAACAGCAGAAUAAAUAUCUCAUUUAUUACAUAUAUUUUCUCUUCAGACUUUAUAGCAGCUGCUUAAGCAUGUGAGCCUCUGCAUCUGUAAGCAUCAUGCUAGCAUACCAAAUGGCUGCUAACGUAUGUAAUUAUUUUGGUUUUAGAGUGUGCCACAUUGAGAGUGCUUUAAUUUUAAGAUACUCCUCAGGUCUCAAUAACCGAGUAACACCAUUUGUUGUCUUGUGUAUCUGUAACAAUUAAACGGUUCUUUCACUGUGAUGGCCUUACCUUGUCCAAUAUAUCUGUUUUUGAGAUUUCAGCUGAUGAUGUAGGCUGCAGAAUUUUAAAAAAUUAUGUAGAAGUACAGUGCAUCAAGAAAAUUAAUCUAUUAUUUUUCUUCUGGAAGAAGAGCACGAUGGAUUUCAAAGCCACAAAUUCUUAGUCUCAUAUUUAUCAGCUAUGAAGCGCUGAGCUAUAAUAGCAUUUAAACCCAAAAAACCAAACACUUGAAGAAAGUUUAAAUGCCGACUGUGGGAAAAUAGUCCAACACUUCAAGUUGAUAUUUCUUCAACCAUAUACAAUGCAUAAGUAUCAAUGCAAUGGGUUUCGUACGACCUAAUUAUUUUAGUCCUUAAAUAGGACACUGAUAUCAGUUAUUACAUUCUGCACUUAUUGCUUUUAAAUCAUUUAAUUUUAUAAUUUAUAAACUGUUUUGAAGGAAGGAAAAAAACCUGUUUGAUCCUUUUGCCACCUUCUAAUUAACUUCGAACAAACUUACCUAACAAAGAUGUUCUCAACCUACUAGUUAACCUGAGGGCAAAAAGAAGGAAAAGAAAACACAUUUCUGCAAACCAAAAAAUGAAUACCCUCACAGUUUGUAAAAAAAGGUAAAUAAACAACUUGACUAAUCAUGUUUUAUGAUAUUUCUCUCAGAUUCUACAUAUAAUAAACUAGCAUAUCAAUGCACAUCAACACAAUGUUAUCCCUUUAAAAGGUUAAUAAAAGUUUACACUUAAAUAACUAAGACAAAUCUAAAUAUUAGCAGUAUUACAGAAUUAAUACAAUUUAUUUGAUCCAUUUCAUCACAAACUGAUGUAUUUCUUUCUUAAUAAGUAACCAAAAAUAAAACCACAUGAACUUCUUGAAUGCAUCAGGUUUUGUUGUUUGGUUUGCUUUUUUCUUUUCAUUACUAAGCCCUGCCAAAGAUUUGGCUGCUUCCCCUCUUUUUCUCUCUCAUCUUCCCCUCCCCCUCCAAAAAAAGAAAUUGAAGCUUACAAUUUUUA